AUGAGUUCGCCAAAUACAUGGAGCAUUGGAAGCACAGUCUACUCUCCGGUAUUUUCACAGAAAAUGACGCUGUGGAUUCUGCUCCUGCUAUCGCUCUACCCGGGCUUCACUAGCCAAAAAUCAGAUGAUGACUAUGAAGACUAUGCUUCUAAUAAAACGUGGGUGUUGACUCCAAAAGUUCCCGAGGGUGAUGUUACUGUCAUCUUAAACAACCUACUGGAAGGGUAUGACAACAAACUUCGUCCUGAUAUAGGAGUGAAACCAACAUUAAUUCACACAGAUAUGUAUGUGAACAGUAUUGGCCCAGUGAAUGCUAUCAAUAUGGAAUAUACAAUUGAUAUUUUUUUUGCCCAAACCUGGUAUGACAGACGUUUGAAAUUUAACAGUACCAUUAAAGUUCUCCGGUUGAAUAGCAAUAUGGUGGGGAAAAUCUGGAUUCCAGACACUUUCUUCAGGAACUCCAAAAAGGCUGAUGCUCACUGGAUCACCACUCCCAACAGGAUGCUGAGAAUUUGGAAUGAUGGUCGAGUUCUCUACACCUUAAGGCUGACAAUUGAUGCCGAGUGCCAGUUGCAGUUACACAACUUCCCGAUGGAUGAACACUCCUGCCCCCUGGAGUUCUCCAGUUAUGGUUAUCCACGUGAAGAAAUUGUUUAUCAAUGGAAGCGCAGUUCUGUUGAAGUGGGUGACACAAGAUCAUGGAGACUGUAUCAGUUUUCAUUUGUUGGAUUGAGGAAUACCACUGAAGUAGUGAAGACAACCUCUGAAAGUAAACUCCAUAAGGAGUUUCUUCAGUUAACAAUGGGUGACUAUGUGGUCAUGUCUGUGUAUUUUGAUCUAAGCAGAAGAAUGGGGUAUUUUACCAUCCAGACCUACAUCCCCUGCACACUCAUCGUGGUCCUAUCCUGGGUGUCCUUCUGGAUCAAUAAGGAUGCUGUUCCUGCAAGAACAUCUUUAGGUAUCACUACUGUCCUGACCAUGACUACUCUCAGCACCAUAGCCCGGAAAUCUCUGCCCAAGGUCUCCUAUGUUACAGCAAUGGAUCUCUUCGUAUCUGUUUGCUUCAUCUUUGUGUUUUCUGCUUUGGUGGAGUAUGGCACCCUGCACUAUUUUGUCAGCAAUCGGAAACCAAGCAAGGACAAAGACAAAAAGAAGAAAAACCCUCUUCUUCGGAUGUUUUCCUUCAAGGCCCCAACCAUUGAUAUCCGUCCCAGAUCAGCAACCAUCCAAAUGAACAAUGCCACACAUCUUCAAGAAAGGGAUGAAGAAUAUGGCUAUGAGUGUCUGGAUGGCAAGGACUGUGCCAGUUUCUUCUGUUGUUUUGAAGAUUGCCGAACAGGAGCCUGGAGACACGGGCGGAUACAUAUUCGCAUUGCCAAAAUGGACUCCUAUGCUCGGAUCUUCUUUCCCACCGCCUUCUGUUUGUUCAAUCUGGUUUACUGGGUCUCCUAUCUUUAUCUGUGA